AUGCCCAUCACUGACGAUGCCAAUAUGCAGCAGAUGUUCUGUAUUUAUCAACAAACCCGAUUUCACAUGCCGAUGAUAGAGUUGUACGUUGAGUUUGAACAGCAGUUAGGAUCAGGCACGGUCGGCGAGGAGGUCAAUGUUGAUGAGCUUGGGGAUAUAGAUUGGGAAGAAGAUAACAAUGACAGUGAAGAGGAGUUCGAAGCUAACUAUGAAGUCGACGACGAAAACGAUGACGGAGACUUGGCAGGCAAUCCAGAUGUGCAAAAUGAAGCGAAUGCGAUUGCAAGGCAGCACCCGUUUGGUGUUCCGUCUUUUAUGCGGACUCUAGAUCUCGAAGCCAUGCAUGCCCCGGAAUUUCCUGAGUAUGCGAAUACGGGUGAAGGCAACGCUGCGACGGAAGAUGGCGAGUUUAGUGUUGGAAUGGAAUUUGGUUCGAGAGAGUCGGUGAUAUCUGCAAUCAAAAGGUACACUGUCUCUAGAGGAGUUGAUUACACUGUGUAUGAGUCUGAGCCGCAGACAUUUUAUGCGAAAUGCAAGGGGUAUGGUGCAAGGUGCGAUUGACUUAUCCGGGCUAGCUUGAUUCGAAAGAAAGCUUGUUGGA